AUGAAGAAGGACACCAAGGGUGCGUACAAAGGCCGCCCCGUAAAGAAGAAGAAAAGUGUGAUUUCGCAGUCUCGUCGUGUCUUCUAUCGAUUACGUGGAAAGGAGACUGGAGAAGACGAGAUUCUGCCUGACGCAUGGGCUGGAGAGAUUGAUUUCCUCAGCGACGAUUGUACCAAGUGCUCUGGUGUUGCAUAUGACCUCCCCUACGUUGAUAGUAGCGUUGAGUUCACCGGCUAG